AUGCCUGUGAGAAUCGCUUUCCCCCUCCUCGAGGCCGUCCUCGAGGCCGACCGUCUCUCCCAAGAUACCUUUUCGCCCUUCGGCACAGUGAUAGAGAACCCGGACCGGUCUUUGGUCCCAUCGCCUCGAAUGCGCGAGGUCCCGCCAAACGCAACACAAGCAAACCAAGGGAGUGCGCUCAAGUAUCUCGAUGUGACGCAGAUGAGAAAUAUGUAUGACUUGGGCACCCCGAGCAAGAAAGCAGCUAAGGCAGUCAUGAACAUGUUUAUUUGUGCACCAAGGACGCUCCUUCCACCACAUGGUCCGCAUAUCAACGGUCUCUUUCCGGUCGAGAUAUUGGAGCGUCACCCAUAUACGACUCAGACAUUUAUUCCUCUCGGUCUUUCCCAGUCCGAGGCCGAUCAAGCUCGUUAUCUUGUCAUUGUUGCUCCGAGCUUGGAUCCUUCGCCUGCGGAUGAGGGUUUUCCCACCCCUUCAGAUCUUGCUGGCGGCGAUCAGCUUCCAGGAAGGGGUCUUCCUGAUCUGACGAAGGUCAAGGCUUUCAUUGCAUACGGUUCGCAAGCCGUCACCUAUGGAGCUGGUACUUGGCAAGUGAAUAGGCUUCCAUUGAGCACGUUAUUUUAUGCUUAUCCCGUAUUGCAUGCUCCAAUGGUCGUUGUGGGUAAGAAACCCAUCGACUUCGUGGUAGUGCAGUUUGCAAAUGGAAUAGCCAUUGAAGAUUGCCAGGAAGCGGAACUAGAAACUGGAGGUGGUGGCAGGCUUUUGGUGGAAAUACCAACGAUUGGGCUGCAAGAUGAUCGUCGGCUAUUCAGGUUGUGA